UUACUAAAAUGUAGUGUCGGCUCAAGUGUGUACAGUACAUCUUUUUCUGAGGAAACAGAAGUAGGACGCACUUCCCUUGAAUCUGUGGCGCAACAUUUCCAGCUAACAGCUUUCCAAAGAAGGAAGACGCAUCAAACUGCACGACUCCUGUAGUAUGAUCAGACUUGAGUUGGAGUGCUGUUUUCGAGGAAUCAUUUCAGCAUGGAGUUUAACAGGCGAGUUCGCGAUAGGAUGUCUUUGAUCCUGUUUCUUUUAGGAAACAUUGCCUCUGUAGCUCUCUCUGAUCUUGAUAAUGAAACAGGCCUGAAUCUUGUUUGUACCAACGACUUAGAGGAUUUGAUGUCUUGCGACUUUGACGCACAAAACUGCACUGAAUACAAUCUGACUCUGCGGAGCAACGAUGGACGAGGGGAGCAGCGCUGCAUUAUCAAGCAGUGUGACACUGGACGGUGUUGUUGCUCUGUCAAAAUGAUGCUUGUACUAGUGGAGACUCAUACAGCAACAGUUUUCAAAGGGGGCCAAAGUGUGGAGUCCAAAGUCAUCAGCAUCACAGAUAGUGUAAAGCCCAAAGCACCAACAAUCAUCUCAGUGAAGCGAUCCAACGGGAAUUUUAGAGUUAAGUGGACGGCAAACACUAACAGUAACAGUCUCAGACGCAGCUUGAGUGCUCAAGUGACUUACCAUAAGAAGGGAGACACAAAAGAGGUAUCUGAAAAUAUCACAACAGCCGUAGUUAAUGGACCAAAUUACUAUGAAAUACUUGGUAAACACUUGGAGCCAAGUACAACAUACCUGGUCAGCGUGAAAAGCUACACAAGCAUAAGUGGCCUGUUCAGUGACAGUAGUGAAGAGCAUGAAUUCAGAACUCCUGCCUCCCACAAAGUCCUGCUACUUGCUGUCAUCAUAAGCCUCAGUAUUGUUGCAGUCAUCAUCAGCAGUGCUAUAUAUCGCUGUUAUGUAAAGCUUAAAGCUAAGUGGUGGGACCCAGUUUCUGAUCGUCAAAUCAAAGUUCUUCUUGUGCAUCCAAGCGAGCAAGAGGUGUUGAAGCCCAUGCCAUCCAUCAUCUCUUCUAUCUCUGUCGAGCCUUAUGUUCCAGAUGACAGCAAACCAUGGUCGAAGGGGUCGCUGACGGACAGCAGUGGGAGCCCUCAGCCAAGCAGUGGGAUCAGUACCGGCUCCUCUUCGCUCAGUUAUGCUAACACAGAACCUGCUGACAUUAUAGCCGGUGUUCAGGAUGCUCUCUGUAAAGCCUUCGCUAACAUCAGCCCGAUAUCAUCUGUCACCACCAAUCCACUUACAGAAUCAAACAAAGGCAGUGGUUUGUUCUCCACUCCCUACCAUACUUGCGGUGUUAAAGCUGAUGACUUGAGUUCUGGAUCAUCUGGAUUUGACAAUAAAACCUAUUCCAUCCUCAUUCCCGGCUGUGCAUGUCAGACAGUGAUGGACAAUUCUGAGAAUCAAACGCAGGCUGAAAUGUUUUGUGACUCUACAUACCAUCCCAGUGAGGGUGACAUGAUGACCUGUCUUGACAAGCAAGCACCAGCUUGUCUUGUUCCUGCACAACAAAAUAUCAUUUUACCAGCAGUGGUUUCAUCUCUUAUGCCAACAGACAUGUCGUAUCAGUGCAAUGUCGAUUCUGGGAGAUUUUCCUAUGCAGAAGACUCCAGUUUGUCCUCCGUCUCUAGCGGCACCAACACAACCAUGUCUUGUGAUCGCGCGUCCAGAGUCGAGAACUUUGACGAGGUGCUCAUUGGUGCGACGAAGCCCGAUGGGGUCACUGUAUGUGACGAAAAUCCCUGCUACAAAUGUGUGCCUGCAAGCUUUCCUCCAGUGGAUGACGACUAUCAGGCAUUUGAAACUCUUGUGAAGCAGCCUGAUAUUUUGUUUUCAGAGCAGAGAAGUGGUGAGGAAGAGGAAGAUUUGGAUAAAUAUCCAGAGAAAUCACCCACAGAGAUCUCGAAAAGCUUCUUAAGCUCGGUGUUUCCAGAUGUCACCAAUGAUGUCCAGGAUGGUCAGUGUCUCUCUGAGCUCCAAAAACCUUUUAUCUCUUUGAUCUCUGCUGUCCAGUCAAGACCAAUAAUCACAGACAGUGGCUAUCAAAGUGUGUAGUGCUGUUUUUUAUGCAUUUAUACUUUUUUGUAUGAACGUGGUUGAGAAAUUUAAAAUUUGAGAGAGAGAGGAGGAGGAUGACAUGAUAUGAUAAGCAUUCAAAUGUUGAACGUGUUGCGAGUUUCAGAGUUUAUUCUUGAACUUGGAAACAGCAACAACACCGUCUCACCUCAGGGGCCAUUUAGUAGCUUUUCUGUAUCUUUUUGAUCAUUUCACAUGACCUUCAUCAGUAGAUGGAGUUUGCCCAGUUGUCAUGGAAAUGUAGGAAAAUUCUAAAAUUUCAUACAUUCUACAUUUCUAUGACAACUGGGCGUCAUCUGAAGAUCAUGUGACAUGAUGGAAAGCUCCACAACAGCCACUAAAUAGACCUUGAGGUGUCAAAUGUAACAUGAUAUGUUUUAAAAGUCUGUUGUAGAUAUUUUUGUUGUUGCACCAAAGCGAACACAUUUUGCACUUUGCAUCUUGAGAGCACUUAACAUGUCUGUUUUGUGAAAAUGUUGUGUACAGUUGUUAGACGACAUGGCUGCAUGUAAAUGUAGGAAGUAAAACAUCCAUGAAGUUUGUACAUAAAAACAUGUAACAAAAAAAAAUGUAAGAACCUGAAUGCACUAUUUUAAUCAUGUUUUGAAUGUUUGCUUGCAACACACACCUAAACAAAACAACUGCUGUCAGCUCAUGUAUCUGUAUGUAUCUCACAUGUGAUAUUCAACUAAGGUAAUUUGUUUUUCAAAUUUAAAGUAACAUAGCUCAUGGAAAUGCAUUCCUUAAAUGUAUGAAUGCUGUGAAGAACAUGGUUUUUAUGAUUUCAGUGAUAUUUAAGUGAACCAAACGACAAUUUCUGGUACAUUAUUUAGCCAUCGAUUGACUGAAUACUGUUCCUGAAACAAGCCACAACAAUAAGCUGUGAGGCAGAGCCGACACUGUUCAGGGUUAUGAAAUUACUUCCUCAUUGCUCUUCUCUGGAACUGCUGAGCUAUUUCCACAGACACAGAUGUCAAGUUCAAACAGUUCAUCACAGCUAAUACCUGUUAUUAAAGAGGAACUUGUUUUACUGUAAGAGUAUAAAUAUUAAGGGAAUGAGAGAAAGAAAAAAGUACUAUUAAGGGAUAUUUCUUCUGUUCCAAUAAAAGUUGUUCACAUUGAGAA